UGACCUUAAAUUACACUUUAAUGCCAUGUAAUGUUUAUAAUGCAUGGAACGUACUCUAAUUUAAUCUAAUUGUAAGGGUUAUAGUGUUUGUAUCGUGAAUCCAUUCCAUUUUGACGCCGUAGGACGAGGUUUAGGACCUCCCUAAAACCGAUGAAAUCGGAGGCUUUACUGGUACGAUCAUGGUGGCGCUACAAAGAAAAUAAACGUUAAAACUUCACUUUUCACAUUCCACCAGACCUCUUGCCGAUCAGAAGCGAGUACCUGGCACUGCACUGGUAUUUUCUCUGAGAAACGCUCCUUUAAGCAAUGUGGAAAGCCGCAGAGUCGACUAUUGGUUGGCUUUCCCCGAGACUCCCCUGAAGUUUGAGAUGCACACACGAGGGCUCUCUGCCUGGGUGGUCGCUCUACUUUAGUGAGCUGUUGCUAAGCAGCUAAUAAUAGUCGUGUUUGCUGAGUAAUUUUUGCCCUGCUGGAACCAAUCAGAAGCAAGAAAGUCCAGCAAUCUGACAGCCCGAGAGGCGGGAUCUUGAUUCUCUUUGCUUCACCCCUCCUCCUCUGCCUCCAAAUGGAGAGAGCUCUUUUUUCUCAUCUAUUGAAUCUCGGCCCAGGGGAAGACCACAGAGAGCCUGCAGAAUGCUACGUUUGUCGACGCUCCUUCGCCGCGUUUCUGUGUAUGGGAAGCACUUCGCUCAGCUCGCGUUUUGAGACGACCUACUGCUCCGGACACACGGUGAAUGUACGCGGCGGUGGAGACCCCAGGAUCGCGAAAUGUUGGGAUGGAAGGCGCAGAUUUUGACUCGCCGUCUCCAACAGGACUAUGAAGUACUUCACGGGUGUGAGAUCACCGAGAGUGAAACUUUGUUGCCUUGGGAUAUCUCUACACGUAUUCGGGGACGUAUUAUAAAGUGGAAAACGAUCACCUUCGCGCAGUCUCCGCAACAUGGCCUCGGCCGCUAAUGCAUACUCUGAGCAGGAAAACAGAGAGCCCGACCGGCCGAGGAUAACGCGGAGAACCAGGGGGAACUAUGCCCGCACCGCGCCACUGGAUUUGGAGUAUUUGCAGCGACCAAGUUACUGUGAUGCGGGCUUUGCGUUGGAGCAGAUAUCCGAGGGGAAGGCGACUGGGAGGAAAGCACCGCUAUGGCUGAGGGCGCAGUUCCAGAGACUAUUAUUUAGGUUGGGCUGUCACAUACAAAAGAACUGCGGAAAGUUUUUGGUGGUGGGCCUCAUGAUAUUCGGUGCUUUCGCCGUUGGAUUACGGGCAGCUAAUUUGGAGACGGACGUGGAGAAACUUUGGGUAGAAGGUAAGAAACUUUUAUUUUUAUUUUCAUUGCAUGUUUUUCUAAUCGUAGCCCAUGUCCUCCACCAGCGCUUCCACACCGUCCGCUACGUCCUGAAGGAGGACAACGGGGAGCUGCCCCGCAUGUGGCUGCACUACUUCAGCGACUGGCUGCAAGGUCUCCAGCAGGCCUUUGACAGAGACUGGCGGUCCGGUCGCAUCACCCUCAACAGCUACAGGAACGGCUCAGAGGACGGGGUGCUAGCCUACAAACUACUGGUGCAGACGGGUCGCAGAGACAAACCCACCAACCUCAACCAGCUGACGCGCCAGCGGCUAGUGGACGCGGACGGCAUCAUCAACCCGGGGGCCUUCUACAUCUACCUGACCGCCUGGGUGGGCAACGACCCCGUGGCCUACGCCGCCUCCCAGGCCAACAUCCGCCCCCAGCCCCCGGAGUGGUCUCACGACCGCACCGACUCCCGGCCCGAGACACGCCUCAGCAUCCCCGCCGCGGAGCCCAUCGAAUACGCACAGUUUCCCUUCUACCUCAACGGGCUCCGAGAGACCCCCCAGUUCGUGGAGGCCAUCGAGAGCGUGCGCGCCAUCUGCACCAACUACACCCGCCAGGGCCUGGCCUCCUACCCCAACGGCUACCCCUUCCUGUUCUGGGAGCAGUAUGUCAGCCUGCGCCACUGGCUGCUGCUGUCCAUCAGCGUGGUGCUGGCCUGCACCUUCCUGGUGUGCGCCCUGUUCCUGCUCAACCCCUGGACCGCCGGGAUCAUUGUGCUGGUGCUGUCUCUGAUGACCGUGGAGCUGUUUGGCUUCAUGGGCCUGAUGGACAUCAAGCUGAGCGCCGUGCCCGUGGUCAUCCUCAUCGCCUCCGUGGGCAUCGGGGUGGAGUUCACCGUCCACGUGGCCCUGGCCUUCCUGACAGCCAUAGGGGACCGCAACAAGCGGGCCCUCCUGGCCCUGGAGCACAUGUUCGCUCCGGUGCUGGACGGGGCCUUCUCCACCCUGCUGGGCGUCCUCAUGCUGGCCGGCUCCGAGUUCGACUUCAUCGUCAGGUAUUUCUUUGCAGUGCUGGCCAUCCUCACCGUUCUAGGGGUACUCAAUGGACUGGUGCUGCUCCCUGUGUUGCUCUCCUACUUUGGACCUUAUCCCGAGGUGACGCCGGUGGACGGUGGUAGCCGCCUGCCGACCCCCUCCCCCGAGGCCCCCCCGCAGGUGGUCCACUUCUCGGUCCGCCACCACGACCCCGCCACCAACGCAUCCGGUGCCACGUCCGACUCCUCGGACUCGGAGUACAGCUCCAACACCAGCCACGACCUGCAGCAGUACGGCCUCCCGGCAGACAGGGGGCGAGCUAGAGCCGCAGGGCCAGAGGAGCAGCAGCAGCAGUACCACCUCCCCACCAGCAGGGGCAGAGCAGCUAGGACAGAGGAGGAGCGGAGGGCUGGGGCGGGUCACAGGCACUCGGCCAGGCAGACCGUGCCCCCAGCCUACAACGUAUCCUCGUCCAACCCACCUCAGGGCACGGACCCCGACCCCAACCUGGGGCUUCCCGUCGCCACGGCAACAGGGAACACCCCAAGGGCCCAGCCCCCGCCCCCGGGCCAGCCGCGCAUGGACGCUUUCGAAUCGGCCAGUGAGGCCGGGGGCCACCACGGCUCAGCGGGCUUCGGCCACAGGGACCCCAGGGCCCGCCCCUCCCAUAACAACCGGCCCAAUCACCACCCACCUCACCACUCGAACCCCGCCCCUUUCUGCCAACCCAUCACCACGGUGACCGCCUCGGCCUCCGUCACGGUGGCCGUUCACGCCGCGCCCCCCGCCUGCCAGAGCCACCCGGCCUCCUCGUACCCGGGGUACACCGCGGCGGAGGGCUACUACCCGUCAGGUGCAGCUGCUUCAAGGCCGGGGCCCGGGCCGGAGCCUGGCUUUCAGGACCCUCACGUGCCACUGGACACCCAGCCGGAGCCCGGCGGAGCCAAGAUGGACGCCAUGGAGCUGCAGGACAUGGAGUCUGAGGCCGACGAGAGGAACUACAGACGGGCGAGCUGAGGGGGUGGAGAGCGAAAGCACAACGACCAAAGAUUGGACACAUUGGUAUUGUUACGCAGCUGUCCCAGCUCCGUCUGAACCAGCCCUGC